AUCUCUGCUUCAGAUGUUAAUGAACCCACGCCUGCACACACCCAGCUCAGUAGUCAUCAGACCAAUUCUAGUAAUAAAUCCUUUAUUAGUAUCCAAAAUAGUGAAGCUCCCUAAUUGCAUUGUGAGCUCCGUCCAAGGAACACUGCCCAUAGGCGGGAAUGAUCAGUUCCUAUUGUCUAGCCUGAACAAAACGUUGGUAUACUCCCUUGAGCCAUCAGUUUACCCAUAAAAAAAAUCUUGUGUUCUCUUUUGAACCAUUGUUGUUUCCCUACAAAAAUCCCUACCAAUGCUCAAGUAAGAGCUCUGAUGCCUGGAUCCAAAAUCUGCAUCAGUUCCAUUGGGACUUCAUCUUCUCCUGACUGAUCGUGCUGGGGGGUUCUGCCUGUCUCCAGCACUCCGGACCACUCCGAACCACCACCAGAAGGGAACCCAGAUCGAUUUAAGCUUCACAGAGUGGAGCUGUUAUUGCUGCCACUGCGUCAAAUGAGUGGAAAGUAACCAGCAGAGCAACAUCAGUUAUCACUGCAACUUGGGUUUUCCAGGGUCUUUGGAUGAACUGUGCAGGAAAUGCACUGGGUGCUUUUCAUUGCAGACCUCAUUUUACCAUCUUCAGACUAGAAGGUUAUAUCCAAGCCUGCAGAGGACUCAUGAUUGCUGCUGUCAGUCUUGGAUUCUUUGGCUCCAUAUUUGCACUGGUUGGGAUGAAGUGUACGAAAGUUGGAGGCUCAGAUCAGACUAAAGCUAAAGUCGCUUGUUUAGCUGGGAUGAUUUUCAUACUUUCUGGGUUGUGCUCUAUGACUGGUUGCUCCCUGUACGCGAACAGAAUUACAUCUGAAUUCUUUGAUCCUACUUUCAUUGCCCAAAAGUAUGAAUUAGGAGCAGCUUUAUUCAUUGGAUGGGCUGGAGCAUCACUUUGCAUAAUUGGUGGAAGUAUAUUCUGCUUCUCAAUAGCUGAAAACAGUAAAUCCCCAAGAAUGGGGUACACAUACAAUGGAGCCACAUCUGUGAUGUCUUCUAGGACAAAGGUCCACAAUAGUGCAGCAGAUUUUAAAUCACCAAAAGGCCCUCCAAAGCACUUUGACAAGAAUGCUUAUGUUUAAUUGUACUGUUCUAUGAUACAAAGCCAGUUUUCAAAUCAGUUUGUACAGUUCAUUCACAGAGUGAUUUCCAGAAGAGUACCAGCAUAAUCACCACCAGGACAAUGAAUUUUUAAAAUAUUAACUUGCAGCAUUUUACGUAUUGAUGAUGUAAAUUUUCUUAUACAAUAUUUUGAGAUUUAUGUUGGUGUUAUACAUAAAUUAUAUAUCUGUAAAUCACUUGCUGUUUUUGCUUUCUACAAAAAAAUAAAUCGGAUAUUUA